AUGACAAAGCUUUUGGAAAAACGUUCUGACACCCCGUCCCUGUCGCACGCUAACCGCGACUCCCCGGCCAUCGUGUUCUCGAACAUCGGCUCCACCAUGACGGGCGCCAUCGACAGCCUGCCGCGCAUCAAAGCGGCACUCUCCGAGGCAGGCAUAUGGCGCUCGUACAUUCACUGCGACGCAGCGCUGAGCGGCUUCGUGCUUCCUUUCGCCCCUAACCCGCAGCCCUUCGGCUUCCUAGACGGCACCGAUAGCAUAUCCGUCAGCGGCCACAAGCUUAUCGGCUUGCCGAUGCCCUGCGGAAUGGUCCUCGCGCGGCGCUGCCACGUGGAGGGCAUUGGGAGCAGAGUUGAGUACAUGGGCGCUUUGGAUACGACGCUCUCGGGCUCGCGCAACGGCCUCACGCAGGCCCUGGGCGUGGCGGCAUAUGCCACAGAGGGGUUGCGCGCGGCGGGAGUUGACGCGUGGCGCGACGAGAACUCGCUCAUCGUCGUCUUUCCCCGCCGAAGUGAGGCCCUGAUGAAGCGCUGGCACCUCGCCGGCCAAGCAAAGAUCUCGCACGUCAUCACGAUGCCGCUCGUCAGCCGCAAGAAAGUCGACGCGUUUGUAGCGGACAUGGCGGCGGAGCUUCGGGUCGGAGAGUAA